AUGGUAAGUGCAGAGCUUCAGCAGCUCAAGCGGAAGUAUGAUGAUGAGGAAGAUGUUGCGCCGCAGCUUGAUCCGGACGAGGAUGACGGCUACGAAGAUUAUGUCCCAAUCAAGAAGCGCAAGGCUGCGAUGAGAGAGAAGCUCGUCUCGGACAGGCAGAAGGAACGUCGAGAAGAAGCCGAACGAGUCAUGCGCGAGAGACUCGCAGAGGAAAAGAAGAAGCGUGGCAUCGCAAACUCCUUGCUGGCUGUGUCGGCAAAGCUCAAAGCAGAAGAGGAGGCCAACAAGGAAGGGCGCGAAGCUGCGAUCAAAGAAAGCAUUAGGAAUGAGGAGGACCAGCUCCUGGAGCAGGUUCAACUGCAAAUGAGCACGCCCUUGAUGUCCGUCCGGGAGCGAGCCAAGGGCAUCCUGUAUACGCAGAGGAUGCCGGCAAUUGGCGACUGGCGGCCAAUACAGAAGUACCGUGAUAUGCCAGAAGCAGAGAGAGUUUCGGUCCGCGAGAAGUACUUCAUCGAGGUGAACGGACAAGAGAUCCCAGCACCGAUCAAGCGCUUUGAGGAAAUGCGGCUGCCGCGCGGCAUUCUCGAAGGCUUGAAGGCCAAAGGCAUCAUUAGGCCAACCCAAAUCCAGAUGCAAGGCAUUCCAGCAGGGCUUAUGGGCCGUGACAUUAUUGGAAUUGCCUUUACCGGCAGUGGCAAGACGCUUGUGUUUGGCCUGCCCAUGAUUAUGUGCGCGCUGGAGCAAGAGCUUCGAGCUCGGGUACAGCCAACCGAGGGCCCUUUUGGCCUAAUCAUUGCGCCCUCACGUGAGCUGGCGCACCAGACCUACGAGGUCCUGGAGUUCUACACGGACCACUUGGCCGAGUACCACAAAGAGUUCCCAAAGCUUAGAUCGGUUCUUACCAUUGGCGGGCUCAGCACUGGAACCCAAGCGAUGGCAAUCAAGAAGGGCUGCCACAUGGUCGUUGCGACACCCGGCCGGUUAAAUGACCUGCUGAGCAAGAAGCGCAUGUCACUGGCACAGUGCCAAGUUCUGGUGCUUGACGAGGCGGACCGCAUGAUCGACUUAGGCUUCGAAGAGGAGAUCCGGAACACCUUGGACCAUUACCGAGGUCAAAGGCAGACCCUUCUUUUCAGCGCGACGAUGCCAAAGAAGAUCCAGGACUUCGCCAAGACAGCGCUCGUGGACGCGGUCGUGAUAAACGUGGGUCGUGCUGGCGCUGCCAACUUGGAUGUCAUUCAGGAGGUUGAGUACGUCAAGCAGGAGGCAAAGCUGGUGUACCUCCUCAAGUGUUUGCAGAAGACACCUCCCCCAGUGCUGAUCUUCUGUGAGAACAAGUCAGACGUGGAUGAUGUGCACGAGUACCUGCUGUUAAAGAGCGUCGAGGUCGUGGCCAUCCACGGCGGGCUGGACCAGGAGGAACGCCACGAAGCUAUCCGCUCCUUCAAGGAGGGCUCCAAGGACGUCUUGAUCGGCACAGACGUGGCGUCCAAGGGUUUAGAUUUCCCAGCUAUCCAGCACGUCAUUAACUUUGACAUGCCGAAGGAGAUCGAGAAUUAUGUUCACCGAAUUGGUCGGACAGGUCGAUGUGGACGAACUGGUGUGGCUACCACGUUCGUCAACAAAAACCAGGACGAGACAAUCUUGCUCGACUUGAAGGCUUUGCUGCUGGAGGCUGGACAGCACGUCCCUCCUUUCCUCAUGACGCUCGAGACGGGUGGAGGGGGCAGAGAAGAAGAGGAAAUUGGUGGUGUCAAGGGCUGCGCAUAUUGCGGCGGACUUGGGCACCGCAUUUCGGACUGCCCCAAGUUGGAAACGACAAGACAGAAGACUACGUCCGCCACGAAGGACUAUCUCACCACAGGUGCUGCGCGCUACACGGGCGCAGAAGGCUACGCCGGCGACUGGAUCUUGCGUAAAGGUUACGGCUCAACCCUGGUCAUAGCCCGCCUCAGAGUUUACGAGUGCCUGCUUAGGCUUCGCAUCGCAUGGGGUACGAUGCGUGGAGAGGAGGUGGCCUCGCAUGCCCGCUUUCUUGGCUGGCGUGACUUGGAGGGCAGGGUGGACUUCAGGGGUGCCCCAUGCACCGAUCAAGAGAGUGGCGGCCGCCUGGAAUGCAAGCCGAGUGAUCCCCGAAUAUCGAUCGCCGGAAACAAGCAUGCAAUCUGGUCUGACGACGCUUCAAUGGAGCGCACUGACGGCUUCAACUUCCAUAGCUGGCAGGAGGAACUCAGUCUGCCGGGCGUUGAAAAGCUGAGCAAGGUCUCGAUAGUCCGUGGGCCACGAGUGGUCAAAGUUCCGCCGCCGACGCUCCAAGCGGCAACCUUCGAAACCUUGACAGCCAGUUGUCCGGCGGGCCUGCUGGAUGCGCUGGAGGCCAUGCAGAAAGGUGGUGGUCUGCCAGCCGCGCCUCCUGUUGCACUCGUAAGCAACCCACCGAAAGCCGAGAAAGGACGCUCGCCGCGCUCUCCCUGGAUCGCUCGUCGAAUUCGUGGAGAGACCCGGGCACAGCUAGCUCGGCUUGCUGUGGACGAGGACUUGGAGCCGACGUCGCCCACGUCCCAGCCUUCAGAGGUCCAAGAGGAGGAAGUGGAGGCGCUGCGCACCCUAGCGGACCUCUCGGACAGCGAGCUUGGCAAAAUCUGCAGAGGAAGCGUGCCACUGUUCAAACAAAACCUGGAGCGGCAGAAUUUGGAGCGUGCACAGCGCAGAAGGCGUGUGAUCGAGGCGGAAGCGCAGAAAGCGCGUCGCUCUGCGGUUGAGUUUCGCCAGCGCCGCGAAGUCGUCAGUCCAGAGAAGCAGAAGGAGGUAACGCCACAGCCUACGGACGCACGGGAGGCCGACAGAAACCAGCGCUUACAGCAGGUGCUGGGAAAGCUUUCCGGCUCCAUCCCCGUGACGGCAGUGGAAGACACGAGAGAGGGUUCCGACUACGAGGGCUUGAUGAGUGGAUCAGAUUCCGAGGAUGCGGACUCUGUCAAGCAGGAGCAGAAGAAGCUAUCAGAGCGCUCCAAGCAGAUUCGGAAGAGAGUCAAAGAGGCAGCCAUCAACGGUAUCCGUGAAAAGAAGAAGUUCGUUGAUCGAAUGAAUCGAAAAAGGAGGUAUCGAGAGGCGGUGUGGAAAGCCCUGCCACAAGCUGAGCGCGCAGCCACAGAGUCCGCCUUCAAGCUCCACUGCAACGAGUACUACACACUCACCGUCGAAGCCGCGCUAGAUGCUUUGCGUGACAUGGGCCUUCGAGGGCGCACGAUGGUGGAGCGCAUCGUGGUGGAGCGUGCAGUCACCUCCCUUGUGAAGGAGUUGAUCAGUGUGGAGGAGCAAGGCAUCUCGGGAGCCUGGGGUGCUGCGCCGAAGGGAUCUCCGCAGGUCUGGUGGAAGACGCCCAGGGAGUUAUCAGCUCUUCCGAUGGCGCGCAUGGCUCAAGACAAGACCAAGCCCUCGCAGCCGCAGCAGCAGGUUCGGCGCAGCCAUCAUCAUCGGCGAAUGAGUGCCAGUCAGCCUCGGCAAUCCUCAGUCAGCGCCCAGAGGGCCUCCACGAUCAAGGAUGAGCGAGAGGCCGAGCAGGCCGCCAAGGAGCUUGCUGCAGUCCUCGAGCAAAAAACGCCGCAGCCGACCGGAAUUCCAAUCGAGGCUUUCGGGGCUGAGGUGGUGCCAGUGGCGCGCUGGGAGCUCUUUGAGCAGAGGGCCGAGCUGCACUUCCGGCUCUUCGUCAAGGAAAUCGAGUCAUCGCCGAAUCCCAGCGGCAUCGAUUUCGAUCAGUUUCAGAAGCUGGUGACCGCGCUCGAGCUUGACAAAGCAAAAGGCCCGCUUCCACCAGCCAUAAAGCGCGACAAGCAGAUGAAGAUUGGGCCCGAAACCAUCUUGGACCUGGAGAUGGUGCACAUCCGCUUGCUGCAGCUGGAGGAAAGGGCCGCGCGUGCCGCCAGCGCUAGGGAAUGGGCCGUGGCGAAGCAGGCAAAAGUUGUGGAGAACCGCUUUAAAAAGCACAGGCCGGAGCUGCUUUGGAUGUGGGAGAUGUUCAGCGUCCACGAUGAUGAUCACUGCGGAUUCCUGGGCCAGUUUGAAGUUCGGCGGCUGCUGAAAUACAUGGGCCUGGAGCCAUACAAGCAAAGCGUGGCUGCCACGGUGGACCACAUCAUCAGCCAGGUAGACGAGAAUCAUGAUGAUGAGGUUGACUUCAACGAAUUUCUGCUUUUGGUUGACCAUCUGCGGACAUUCAUGAUGAAGCGGAGGCGAUCACGCCUUCACAAGAUCUAUUUGAGUCUGGAUUUGGACCAGAACAACUGCUUGGACUUCGACCAGAUCGUGGCAGCUCUUGCGCAGGAGGGCUUGCUUCGUUCAAGACGUGAGUACGCCCUGGCACAAGAACUUCUAGACGAGGAGUUUGAUCUUCGAGCUGUGCUUCAGCCCAGCGGCGAGGUUGACUCACCCUCCACAACAUCCCCUCGCAGCAGCAGCUUGAGCCCUCGGAAGAUGAGGCAGCGCCAAGCGAUGGCAGACGACGCGGGAAGUGUCGACUUUUAUGGCUUCAGUCUCAUCUACCAGCUCGUGUGGGAGCGUCUGAGCCAACUUCAGGCUGAGCGCAUUUCUCAGGCAGCGAAGGCCCUGAACUUCACCAUGACGGAGUUGGCAGAUAUCCAGGCAGCUUUCGAUGUGGCGGACCAAGAUGGCGACGGUAUGUUGACCCGCAGCGAGCUUCAACAGGUCUUGAUUCCAUUGGUUGCGCGGAUGCCAGACGAGCAACAGCUCAAGCAUGUCCUGGCAUCCAUCGACGUCGAACGUAGUGAAGGUAUUGAUAUCUUCGAGUUCUUAACAAUUUUACGUUCCCUGGUGACCGGACCAAACGGCAUGGUGCACAUGUACAAGCCAUUUUCCUUGAUGGAGAAUGUCUCGUUCGAAAAACAGCAAGAACUUCUUGGUGUUUGGCCGAUUUCAGAUUCGUAUAUCAAAAACCUGGAUGCAAAUGAGCUCAUGGAGAUGUUGAGCAACUUUCUAGGUGUGCGACCAGAGCAAAACAUGCGCGAGCUGCCUUAUCCAAUCAGCAGCUAUCGGAAGCUCAAAGAGUUUGCUCUUCGACAAGCUGAGAAGGCUACACAACGACACAGGUUCUGA